AAUAGGUAUUACUUUGCAAAGAAGCCCUUAUAUAAAGACUUAGCAUAUACGAGUUCUAUGAAGCCAUAAAGACCAAACCAAACAAACAAAAACAAAAAAAAUGUCCGAACAAAAGACUCCAAGCGCUGAUCCUUACGCUUAUCUAAACAUGGUAAGGAAUCCAGAUGGUUCAGUCACUCGCCUCCUCAACAACUUACCAUGCGCCGCGGCCACACCUGAUCCUUCCCCACAAAACCCCGCCGUUUCUAAAGAUGUUCCCGUGAACCAGUCAAAGUCAACGUGGCUCCGUCUCUACGUUCCCUCCUCCGCCGUAAUCGACGGCGUUUCUUCUAAGAAGCUCCCUGUCGUCGUGUAUUACCACGGCGGAGGAUUCGUCAUCUGCAGCGUCGACUUGCAAUUAUUCCACGAUUUCUGCUCCGAGAUGGCCCGUGAACUCAACGCCGUCGUCGUGUCUCCUUCUUACCGGUUAGCCCCGGAGCAUAGGUUACCGGCGGCGUACGAAGACGGGACGGAGGCCCUGGAGUGGAUCAAAAACUCCGACGACGAGUGGAUAAAAUCUUACGCCGAUCUCUCAAAUGUGUACCUCAUGGGAACUAGCGCCGGUGGGAACUUGGCCUACAACGUCGGGCUAAGAUCCGUUGAUUCGGUCUCCGAGCUGAGUCCGUUACAGAUCCGUGGAUUCAUCCUACACCACUCGUUCUUCGGCGCGAAAGAGCGAUGCGAAUCUGAGAUCAAGCUUGCCAACGAUCAGGUUUGCCCUCCCGCAGUCACCGACGUAAUGUGGGAUUUGUGUCUUCCCAUCGGCGUUGACCGGGAUCACGAGUAUUCAAAUCCAACGGUGGGAGAUGGAUCAGAGAAUCUGGAGAAAUUCGGACGGUUGGGAUGGAAAGUGAUGUCGAUUGGAGGAGAACUAGAUCCGAUGAUUGAUCGGCAGAGAGACGUGGCGAAGCUGAUGAGGAAGAAGGGAGUUGACGUGGCGGAGCAGUAUAUCGACGGCGCUGUUCACGGUGCUGAGAUCAAGGAUGCUUCUAAGCGUAAAAAUAUGUUUGUUUCAAUCGCAAGUUUCAUAUCCUCCUCUGCUCAGUAACCGUUAUUUUCUUUUUUUGUUCAGAUAUGUUUUUCGGUUUCCAUAAAAUAAAAUAAUAGUACUAAAGGCCCAGUUGCUAAUGACCCCCCCAGCAGAUUUAAUAAAACAGAAAGCCCAAUAUCUUUAAGCC